AUGUCCAUUUUUCCAGGUGUCCCAGCUGAUCAAUAUGUCGCCCUUUGGUACAUGCAAGGUGAACCUGUAAUGGGUCGUGUCUGGAAUAAUAAUGGCAAGGUUGCUGCCUCAUUCUCGUGGUUUAACAAUGAAUAUGCGAAGAAUGUUGGUUCCAUUCAAUUGUUGGUUCAUUUGCCUGAUAAUAUGCGAGGUGAGCAAUUUUGCAACGAGACUCCGCGUUUACGCCGUGUUUUCUUCGAUCCUGUAAACCUGGAGCAUCUUUUGAGAUGAACUACGACACUCCGCGUUUACUUAGCCACCUAGAUUCUUAUUUUUCCAGGCUUUGACUAUGGUUGGAUUCCAUUCCCAGAAGCUGCCAAAUUUGGCGACAAGGAAUGGCACCCUGUCCACGUCAACAACCAUAAGGGUGAUAUUUCGGUCGGAGUUGUCAAUUUGCCAGGUGGAAAGCAGAUUUUGGCCAAGGUACGUUUAUGGCGGGAAAUUUGGAGCAUUUUGAUACUAAAUAAUCCACGUGGCUGAAAAUUUAUUCAAAAAAUUCAAAAAUUAGCAAGUUCGUUGA